AUGUCCAACAGCAGGUCCAUCACCGAGUUCCUCCUCCUGGCAUUCACAAACACACAGGAGAUGAAGCACUUGCACUUCUGGCUCUUCCUGGGCAUCUACCUGGCUGCUCUCCUGGGCAACGGCCUCAUCAUCACUGCCAUCGCCUGUGACCACCCCCUCCACACCCCCAUGUACUUCUUCCUCCUCAACCUCUCCCUCCUCAACCUGGGCUCCAUCUCCACCACUGUGCCCAAAUCCAUGGCCAAUUUCCUCUUGGGAACCAGGGCCAUCUUCUACCAAGGCUGUGCUUCUCAGGUCUUUUACUUUUUAUUUCUAAUGUCAGCAGAGUUUUCCCUUCUCACUGUCAUGUCCUAUGACUGCUAUGUUGCCAUCUGCCAGCCCUUGCACUAUGGGACCCUGCUGGGCAGCAGAGCUUGUGUCCACAUGGCAGCAGCUGCCUGGGGCAGUGGCUUUCUCCAUGCUGUGCUGCACACAGCCAAUACAUUUUCUAUACCACUCUGCCAUGGCAAUGACCUGGAGCAGUUCUUCUAUGAACUUCCCCAGAUCCUCAAGCUCUCCUGCUCAGAUGCCUACCUCAG